GGCUUGAGUCCCUCACUGGAGGGCGCUGACGAGACGGAAAAGGCAGAAUCAGCCGACGCUGGCCCAUCGAACACGCAAGCUUCCAUGCACGGAGGAGUCACGGGACCAACGCGCCACAGCCACAGUCGUGUGGCACCACAUCAAGGCGGUGCUUGUGUUUCGCAUGACCACAACGGCACGGCAGGGCGCACUGCGUAUCGAGAACACGGCGGAGCAGCUUACGCUCGCUAUGUGUCAGGGAGUUUUGCCGGAAC